AUGUUGGACAGGCCUCCAAUCCGCAUCGGCAACGUCUCCGGCGCAACAGGCGACCAUCCCCACGCAAUGUCCCGCAUGGUCCGCUCCGGGAACGUCCAUGUCAUAACAGGAGACUGGCUCUCCGAGAUGAACAUUGCCUGGAACGCAAUUACCAAGCAAGAAGUAGAUCCCAAACUAGGCUACGAGAACGGCUUCUACGAGCAACUCGACGAGUGUCUUGACGAUAUCAUGCAGCGCGAUAUCCGCGUUGUAACUAACGCUGGGGCACUCAACACUGAUGCAUUGUAUGAUAAGGUCAGAGCGCUCUGUGAGAAGAGAGGGUAUGGGGAUUGUGUGGUUGCAAAGGUGCUGGGUGAUGAUGUUUCGGAUGUUGUGGGGAGGAGGGAUGUGCAGAUUACGCAUUUGGAUCAUCCAGAGCAGACUCUUGAGUCUUGGGGGUUUACGCCGUGUUGUGCUACUGCGUAUAUUGGGUGCUGGGGUAUUGUUCAGGCGCUUCGCUCUGGUGCCCGGAUCGUUAUCUGCGGUCGCUGCACUGAUGCUUCUCCUGUGAUGGGUGCUGCGGCGUGGUAUCAUGGCUGGCGAGAAGAUCAGUACGAGGAGUUGGCUGGUUCGCUUCUGGCUGCUCAUCUCAUCGAGUGCGGUCCUUAUGUCGUUGGUGCAAACUUCUCAGGGUUCAAAGACUUUCUACCUGAGCUCGUGGAUAUUGCAUUCCCCAUUGCCGAGAUCGAUCCAAGAGGACGGUGUACUAUUGGAAGAACUGCAGAAGGUGGAGGAAGAGUCACAAAAGAGACCGUCACCGCACAAUUACUCUACGAGCUUCAAGGGCAUUUAUACUUGAAUCCCGAUGUUGUUGCAGAUCUCUCAGGCGUACACGUUGAGCAAGAGUCAGAAAACCGCGUCUCUGUCUCAGGAGUAAAAGGCCUCCCUCCACCGCCAACAGCAAAAGUCAUGAUCGCCGCAAAAGGCGGUUUCCAGGCCGAAGCAACAUUCUACAUCAACGGUCUCGAUGUCUACGAAAAAGCAGCCAUGAUGAAGAACCAACUAGCACACAUGUUCAAAGACUCAAACUUUAGCCGUCUAAGCAUCGAGCUUUAUGGCACACCGGCUGAGAACCCAACGUCUCAACAAGCAGGCACCGUAUCACUGCGUGUCUUUGCACAAGCUCGUCGAAAAGAAGACAUCGACGCGCCCAAGUUCAAAGUACCCAUUUACGCUCUUCGCAUGCAGAGCUAUCCGGGGUAUCAUAUGAAUCUCGACUUUAGGACUAUGGUGCCCAAGCCAUUCAUGGAGAUGUUUCCAGCGCUCAUGCCCGUGUCUGCGAUUGAGCAUCGGGUUGAGAUGAGCACCGGUGCAUCACAUCGUAUUGAACCACCAGCAAAAACAGCAAAAUAUCCUAUCGUACGGCCCUCGACGGAAACGCAUGGACCACUUGACAUGCUUACUUUCGGACCGACGGAGUGGGCGCCGCUGGGAAGUGUUGUGCAUGCGAGAUCAGGCGAUAAAGGUGAUAAUUCGAAUGUUGGGUUCUUUGUGAGGAAUGAUGAUGAGUAUGCUUGGUUGAGGAACGUGUUGACCGUGUCGAAGCUGAAGCAGUUGUUUGGGGAUGAUUGGUUCAAGGGUGAUCCUGAGAGGAGGGUUGAGAGAGUUGAGUUCCCCGGUAUCAACGCUGUGCACUUCCGUGUUUUGGAUAACUUGAAUGGAGGGAUUGCAUCGUCAGAUCGCAUUGAUGGUCUUGGAAAGGGAAUUGGCGAGUAUUUGAGGAGUCGAUACGUCGAUGUACCAAAGGCGUAUCUUGAAAGAGGACGGAUCUAG